AUUAUUAUUCAAUGGUUUUUAUUUCGAUGGUAUGUACUAUAGUUCAGAUUUAUUUAAAAGUAAAUAAUCUAAAUACGAAUUAAACAUUAUAAAUUAAUCAAAAUAUUAAGUUUUUCCAUAAUAUAUAAAUAUUUGUUGUGUGUAAAAAUACGUAGUUAUAUUAUCAUAAUUUCUAUUAUUCGUAUAUUCAAACUUCUGAAUAAGCAUCAUGACAUUAUCAACUCAACAAGACGAACCAACAAAAUCGGUAGUAGAAAACGAUUUGAUUAUAGCCAAAACAAAUUUGAAAGGAGAUUGGUCGAAUAUUUUUCUAUUAUUAUUUCUUUAUAUGAUGCAAGGCAUACCAUUAGGUUUAGUCCACGCUAUUCCAUUAUUUUUGCAAAGCAAACAAAAUGUAACUUACAAGGACCAGACUCUAUUUGGCCUAGUUACAUGGCCGUUUGGCUUAAAACUGUUGUGGGCACCUUUAAUAGAUUCACUCUAUAUACAAAAAAUUGGGAGGCGUAAGUCAUGGCUCAUUCCAAUUCAGCUAUUAAUGGGAAUAUGUUUUUUUUAUAUGGCUCUCAGUAUCGACGACUUAUUCCCAGAAACGAAUAAAAAACCAAAUAUACUUAAACUAGUAUUGUUGAUGUUUCUAUGUAAUUUCUUGGCCGCCACACAAGAUAUAGCAGUUGACGGUUGGGCAUUGACUUUGCUACAAAAAAACAAUGUAGGCUAUGCAUCUACAUGUGCUUCAAUUGGUCAAGUAAUUGGUAUAAUGUGGGGCUCCGUAUCCUUCAUUCUAUUGACGUCGGAAGACUUCAGCAAUAAAUAUUUAAGGAUAACGCCUAAUGCUGGAGGAAUAGUUACCAUGAAAACUGUAUUUCUGGUCUGGGCCAUUUCAUACAUGGCAAUUACAACUUUAAUUGCAUUUUUCAAACAUGAAGAAAAAACGAGGUUAGAUGAGGAUAAUCACAUUAGGAUUAAUACAUUUCAAAGCUAUAAACUUUUAUGGGAAAUUUUAAAAUUACCCAGUUUUAAAAUAUUAGCAAUAGCAUUGUUGACAUCAAUGAUUGGGUUUGCACCAAGUGAGAAAGUGCUGAACUUGAAACUUAUUGAUGUCGGUGUGCCAAAAGAAAACAUUAUGAUUAUGCAAACAGGAUUGUAUGUUAUAAAAAUGAUUAUACCAGUGAUUGCUGCAAAAUACACUGCAGGUCCAAAGCCGAUGAGCAUAUACCUAAACAUUAUGCCUAUCAAAUUAUUUUGGAACUUUAUGUUUCUUAUAAUUAUUUAUUAUGGAUCAAAGUUAAUAAAAAAUAACGGUAUCGUAGAUAUUCCAAUGCACUACUAUGCGAUAUUAGUGUUAAUAAGCUCAAUAAACGUUAUCCAACAUAACAUUAUGAUGACAGCUUUAGUAGCUUUUUAUUGUCGGAUAAGUGAUGCUCGUUUUGGCGGUACUUACAUGACAUUAUUAAACAGUCUUUCAAACAUAGCAGGUAUAUCGUCAAAACUGCUUUCAUUUGCCUUGAUUGAUUUAUUAACAUUCAAAGAAUGUUCAUUUGACUCAAAUAAUAAUUGUUCAACUUCACAUCUUCAAAAUGUAUGUAAAUCAAAUGGAGGAGAUUGUAUCACAACAGUGAAUGGUUAUUACGUAGAAUCAGUUAUAUGUACCAUCAUUGGAAUCACCUGGUAUAUUAUUUUUAAGAAUAAACUCAAACAAUUGCAGAGUAAGAGUCCAUCUCACUGGGUUGUUAAGAAGAACAUUCAAGAAUCAGGAAAUCACAAUAAUUCUUACACUUUAGAGGAUGUAAAAACCUAAUCAUUUUUUAAACAUAUUAACGUAUAUAGCUAAUAUAAGUAUAUGAAAAAUAAAUUUACAUUGAUGCCAUAUUUAAAUUUGUAAGUAAGAGUUUAAAAUGCUUUUUCAUCGUUAUGUAAAUAUUAUUUUAAAUUUAAAAAUAUUUUUAGCAAAUAUUUAUUGACUUAUAGUAUCAUUUUUAUAUUAUUGAUUUAUAUAUUUCAUUUAUAAUUGAUAAUAAAAUAUGGAAAUGUAUGUUAUUGUUGUAAUAAGCUGUUUUUAUAAUGGAAUAAUAAUCAUUUUAUUUAAUAUUUUAUUCA